AUGUCUAGUGUACAGCUAUACGUUUGGUCUCCUGCUCUCGAUGCACCUUCGAUUGACCCAAAAUGCAUUGUCGCCGAAGCCUAUCUUCGAAUGCUCAACAAACCAUAUACAGUUGUUCAUUCCAACGAUCCACAGACAAGUCCCACCGGUGAAUUACCCUUGUUGAAGGAUGGUGCAGUGUGGAUUGCAGGUCUUGAUCGCAUCAUUGCUCAUCUUACCAAAAAGGGAAUCAAUGGCAAUUCGAACCUGAAUCCCGAACAAAAAGCCGAUUCACUUGCAUAUAAUUCCUUGGUUCAAGAGAAACUAUACGACAUCAUGCUAUUUACUUGGUAUGCAGACAUGACAAACUUUGUCAAAUCAAUUAGACCCAUCUAUGGCCAAAUUCUCUCGUUUCCUUCGCGUUACCUUGUUCCAAUUCAACUGAAAAAGAAUGCCCAGGCACGUCUCGCCAAAUAUAACAUCGAGAUUAUCGGAGACGAUGUUGAAUUACCACAAAAUGAAGUCGAGGAAAUGAAGGAACUUCAACGUACAGGAUGGCACCAUAUGUAUCAAUUAGCAAGGGAUACUUAUGGUACAUUGGACAAAAAGUUGGGUGACCAAAAGUAUAUGUUUGGUGAUGAGCCAUCCACUCUGGAUUGUGUCGUAUUUGGAUACCUUGCCCUUCACCUCUAUCCAAACCUUGCCCACCGUCGACUACAACACAUUCUUAAGCAAGAAUAUCCCCGCCUUGCUCAAUAUUGCGAUCGCUUCAAGGACACGUAUUUUGCUGAAGACCAGACACUGUCUAGUCCUGCUGCAGAUAUCCCCUCUACCUGGAGUACUCUGUUGUCCAACCCACGCAGCUUCUUCUCUGUCGUCAAGGACGAAUUCAAGCCAGAAGACUUGUCACAGAACAAGGAGAAGAAGAAGUCGGAUGAAGAAAUCGAUUUCGAGCGUAAAAGAGUGUGGUCUAUUGCUGGAGGUGUCACUUUCUUGUUUGCAUAUGUAAUUUUUAACGGUAUAGUCAGUGUCGAAUUAGAAGAUUAA